AGGGAAAGAAGGGCGGUGCUGCUCCUGCUGCUCGCUAUAUUGCAUAGAGCCUGGAAGCGUUGUGCCCCUUCUUUUCUCGCAGUUUCUUCGAGUGUCAAUCUCAGAAAGUGACUCGGGCCAAACAGACAUGGCUGGAUAUCUGAAAGUCCUCAGCUCUCUUUCGAAGUCCGCCGCAGCUUUCUCCAGAAACCCUGCGGUGCUAGCUCCGGCUGCGAACUGCCAGACUUUGCAACAAAGAAACUAUGCCGACAAACGCAUCAAGGUGUCCCAGCCGGUGGUGGAGAUGGACGGAGAUGAGAUGACUAGGAUCAUCUGGGAGUUCAUCAAAGAGAAGCUCAUCCUGACCAAUGUUGACGUUGAGCUGAAGUAUUAUGACCUGGGUCUGCCGUACCGUGAUCAGACUGACGACCAGGUCACCAUCGACUCUGCCCUGGCCACUUUGAAGUACAAUGUGGCUGUUAAAUGCGCCACCAUCACCCCCGACGAGGCCAGAGUGGAAGAGUUCAGCCUGAAGAAGAUGUGGAAGAGCCCUAACGGUACCAUCAGGAACAUCCUGGGCGGCACCGUCUUCCGUGAGCCAAUCAUCUGCAAGAACAUUCCCAGGCUGGUUCCCGGUUGGACGCAGCCCAUCAUCAUUGGCAGACACGCCUUCGGUGAUCAGUACAGAGCAACUGACUUUGUUGUGGACCAACCCGGAAAAUUCAAGAUGAUCUUCACCCCCUCUGAUGGGAGUACAGGCAAGGAGUGGGAGGUUUAUGACUUCCCCGCUGGUGGCUGUGGAAUGGGCAUGUACAACACUGAUGAGUCUAUCACUGGCUUUGCCCACAGCUGCUUCCAGUACGCCAUCGGCAAGAAGUGGCCCCUGUACAUGAGCACAAAGAACACCAUUCUCAAAGCCUAUGACGGCAGAUUUAAAGACAUCUUCGAGGAGAUCUACGUAAAGCACUACAAGCCAGACUUCGAGAAGCUGAAGAUCUGGUAUGAGCACAGGCUCAUUGAUGAUAUGGUCGCCCAAGUGCUGAAGUCUUCUGGAGCCUUCGUGUGGGCCUGCAAGAACUACGACGGAGACGUUCAGUCCGAUAUCAUCGCACAGGGUUAUGGCUCUCUGGGAUUGAUGACCUCAGUCCUUGUGUGCCCUGACGGAAAGACAGUCGAGGCUGAGGCCGCCCACGGCACUGUGACCAGGCACUACCGCGAGCACCAGAAGGGAAAUCCCACCAGCACCAAUCCCAUUGCCAGCAUCUUUGCCUGGACCAGAGGCCUGGAGCACCGUGGCAAGCUGGAUGGCAACCCCGACCUGAUCAAGUUCGUCCAGACCCUGGAGAAGGUUUGUGUCGAUACUGUUGAGAGUGGCGUAAUGACCAAGGACCUCGCAGGCUGCAUCCACGGCCUGCCCAAUGUCAAGCUGAACGAGCACUAUGUCAAUACCACAGACUUCCUCGACGCCAUCAGGUCAAAUCUGGAUAAAGCCCUCGGAAAGUAAAAAGGACUUGGUAGAAUAUAGCUAGUUUGGAGAUGGCAAUGUCACUCAUCGGUUUUGUACCUCAUUUUGAACUUAAAGGUCAAAAGAUACACUCGCAUUUUGUUCUAAAGUACUGUCUAUAGUGUUGUUCGAGCAAUAGUGCUGUGCUUCCACCUGAUGCUGCCUAACUAUGUCCAACUGUUUGCAAGGUUUUAUUUUUGUUAUGUGAAGUACUGUAUUCAAUAUUGUGUAAUGCCUUGUGCAGGACUGAAGACCUGAUCAAACAUAUUCGCCAAUAAAAACCAGUGUUUGACCCAA